CCGGGAGGCCCAUCUGUCCCUUACUAUUUGAGUCCCUGUUGUCUCAUUGGCAGCUUUCUGAGCAGCUGCAAAAUGUUUUUAACUUUAAGUGGAAGCUGGGAUCACCAGCGUCUGGCCUGGAACAGUCUCUCUCAGCAAGGGCUCUUCCAGCUCUGACAUUCCCUAGCUUUACGGACUCGCACCCCAGUCGUCUGCCUGGUCUUCCUUCCUCGCAGAUCAUCUGUUCCAGUCCCCUCGCAACCACUGCUCAGCGACAGACGCCGGAACGGGGACGAGAAGUGCUCGCGCGCGCUCAGAGGGCGGCCGCAGCACCGCCCUCCCCGGAGGACCAUGCUGCGAGGCAAGUCCCGGCUCAACGUGGAGUGGCUGGGGUACUCGCCUGGCCUGCUCCUGGAGCGCAGGCCCCUCUUGGCAGGGCGAACACCCCGCAGCCCCGGCCGAAAUGAAAGUUCAUUAGCAUCCACUCUGAAGACGCUCCUGUUCUUCACAGCUUUAAUGAUCACUGUACCUAUUGGGUUAUAUUUCACGACUAAAUCUUAUGUUUUUGAAGGCGCCUUUGGGAUGUCCAAUAGGGACAGCUAUUUUUAUGCUGCUAUUGUUGCAGUGGUCGCCGUCCACGUGGUGCUGGCCCUCUUUGUUUAUGUGGCCUGGAACGAAGGCUCACGGCAGUGGCGUGAAGGCAAACAGGAUUAAAGUGAACAUCACCUUUUGAUAGCAUUAAAUUGGUUUUUUUUAAAUUGUAAAUGCAUCUGGGGUAUUGAUCAUUUUAAUAAAGUUGAAAGAACAUGUUAAAAUCAAUCUUACGGAAUCACGUUUGACUAGUGUAAAUUUUGAUCCUUCUAAAACAAUGGUUUGUAUCAUCAGUUUUAACUGUAUGAGCCUCUCAUUUGCAAAUGAGAAUUUGGAAGAGUUAAAUUGGUUACAAAUAAGUAUGUGAAAUUAGUUACACCUUAUUCUGGGAAGAAUUUGAUUAUCCUACAACAAAACAAUAUUUUAUAGCAUUUCGUCUUUUGGUUGGCUUUGAGUUUUACUCCUCUGGAUAUAUUCAGAUGUACAUAGUGGAACAAAUCUAAACUUUAUUUUUUGCUGGAACACUUUUCCUAACUAUCAUGAAAAUACCAGGUCAUUGGAUUUUGGGUUAAAUGUGUAUUGGAAAUUGCUUAAAUUGUGGACACUGGAAUUUAUCUGAAUGUCACUGAGAAAUUUUGCAUAAAGUGUAAUCCCUCGUCAGUAGAAAUCUUUCAUUACAUUAUUUCAUGGGGAGACUAGGCUGAAUCACACCCAUUCAUGUAAAAGGACUGGGUUUAUUGAAGGAUGCAGACAGCAAAGCAAAGAGAGCUACCUGCCUAGGCACCCAGCCUACCCCCUAAAGGCCCCUUGCAGGCCAACCUCCUGCUUUCAGGCAAACUCUGUAAUGAUCUGCUUUGCUCUGGUCAUUCAACAAUGAACUUUCGCUUUAAUUACAAGGUUGUGUAAACUCCCUUUAAAUUUGUUUUUCCUACUUUUUAAUGAUGUAUAUGAGUGAAUUUACAUUUAAAUGUGUUCAUUUUUGCAUACUUAGGGAGUGUAAACAAUCCUGAAAAUAGAUUAUUUUUAUCAUCCAGGAAGUAUUCUUGGAAUUUCUAGUCUAGUCUUUUAAAUCAGUGCCCUUAUAUCCCAGAUACAUCGAUACAUCAUAAUGUAUCUAAGUUAGAUAAUCCUUGAGGUCCUUUCUGAUAGAAAAAGACCCUGUGGUUUUACUUUCGCAUCCUUGGUCUGUGUUCGUUCUAGCCACUUGGUACUACUUGUGUGCAAUCUAAAAACACACGCCAAAAAAGUGCAUAUUAAAACCGGAAGAAAAUUUAAAUUCCCUGUAAUGUUGCCACCUGGAGAUAACCACUAUUUUGGUUUACAUCCUGUGUGCAUUUCUUAAUGCUAGUUUGUUACACACUAAAAGUUUGGUUUAAGUUCAAAUUCUGCCAAUUUUACCUGGCGGCUAUUUGCAUUUUUUCAGAUGAGUGAUUAUUGGCCGUUUUCUUAAAAAGCACAUUCUACCUUUACACUUUUUAAAAAAAAACAGUAAUAGCUUUCAUUCAUUGAGUCUUUUUUUUUAACAUCUUUAUUGGAGUAUAAUUGCUUUACAAUGGUAUGUUAGUUUCUGCUUUAUAACAGAGUGGAUCAGGUAUACAUAUACAUAUGUCCCCACAUCUCCUCCCUCUUGCAUCUCCCUCCCUCCCUCCCACCCUCCCUUAUCCCACCCCUCUAGGCGGUCACAGAGCACCGAGCUGAUCUCCCUGUGCCAUGCGGCUGCUUCCCACUAGCUAGCUAUUUCACAUUUGGUAGUGUAUAUAUGUCCAUGCCACUCUCUCACUUUGUCCCAGUUUACCCUUCCCCCUGUCCGUAUCCUCAAGUCCAUUCUCUAGUAGGUUACUCUUUUAACUAGAUACCUCAUUGUACAAAUUUCCUGUCAUCGAUAAUCCCGAAUACAGUGGCCCUUGCUGUGAGUGUUUGCCAUUACUGAUUUUGUCUGUUCACCCCUACUUUUGAUGUUUUGGAACUGGACUAAAGGAGUAGAGAGGUAGUUAGGCAUAAAGGCAAAGAAGGCACUUGUGUUUAUUUAAUUGUUGAGAAGAAAUAAAAGAUGAUCAUUGUAGGACUUUUUUAUUCUUGCUUAUAGUUAAAUGUUAUCUACAGUUUAAAUGUCUUAAGUAGUUAUUCUAAAUGUAAAAUGUUUUCUUAAAAAGACUACAGUUUUGGUAUAAAAUUCUACAAACUUAAUAUGAAAUUGUAGGAUACUCCAGAUUGAGUCUAGUGUACUGUAUGAUAGAUUUCCAGAUGGCCCCCUCUUUAGAUGCCUUGUUGUACUUAGAAUUUGUCCACCUCAUUUCUUUUUCUAUAAUGUCAAGGUUUUUCUUGUACUUUUGGGAUCUUAUGCUAUUUGUAAAACGUUUAUGUCCAGUGUUGGAUUGUUUUGUUUGAUUUCAGACAUUUGCUGAGUAGAUAACGUGGGUGUGUUUCUGCAAGUAUUUAAACCGGGGAUUCAUGCAAAAGCAGAUGUAAUUUCCUCUUGGAAAAGGUACCCAGCAUUUGAAAGUUAGAAUCGGAUGCUAAGGUUGAUGUUUGGGGUUAUUACAAUAUAGACUUGUUUUCACACCAGUUAAUAUUUUCUUAGGGUUUUAACUGUUAACUGAGUAGUUUGCUGCUGUUGAAAUAACAUGGUAUUUGACGAAUAGAUUUAUUUUUCAAGAUGUCUCAGUGAUUUCCUCUUGUACAAUGUGUAUACUUCAGGAUGUAUAGAAAGGAAAGCUACAGUUGAGCCCUUAUAUGUUAUAAGGUAGGAAUAUGUUCACUAUUGUUUGAAAACUGAUUGUAAGAAUAACCUGAAUUAGGGAGUGUAACUUGAAGUGUCAGUACAGGCUACUGAUUUAACACAUGACCUUCUUCACCUCACCUCCCAUUUUGCCCCGUAGAAUAUAAUCUUUAUUCUCAUUGUGCUAAAAUAUGAAAAGUCUGCUGUAGAAUGCAUCUGAUGUCACUAGCUCUUCAAGUGGAUACCAUUUUACAUGUGACAGCAGAAUUCAGUUUUGAAUUGGUGAAAUUUAAACCCUCCAUAAAAAAGAAAAAACAACAACAACCUGCGUUUCCUGGAAAUCUAACAGAAAUAUACUGUAAGGUUAUUUUCAUCAUAAAGAUCUCAUCAGCUUUGCCCGAAAAGCAACUGCUUGACUUGUUUGGUGUUUAUUUUCUGUUUUCAUAUAAAUUUUAUAUAUACAGCUAGAGUUCCCAAGGAGACCGGUAAAAACAGUUAAACAGAUAGGGUGUACCCAAGGAAAGAUGAAAGCUGAAGGUACAUGAGACAAAAGAAUUUAUAUCCUGUUUUAAAUGCAUCUAGUGUAUAUUUCCUGUCUCCAGACAAGUUCAUGUUUGUUGUUUUAUUUAUGCUCAGGUGAAGUUGUACGUUGUUGGUAGGCCUUUUUAUAAAUGGUUUGCCUGCGGUACAAGUUGAUUCACGCAGCCUCUGCUCUUCCGUUUGAGGUAGUGUUUGCAGGAGCUGGCCUGAAGCAGCACACUCGCAACUUGACAAGGUUUCUUUUUCCUUUUUGUAAGGGGAAGGGUCACCUGAGAAAGUAAAUUAUUUUCAGGGACUUUGGGAACCUAACGAUAAAUAUUACGCGUAACCUGUGAACAGAUUAAGCCUUUAUCUAUCCAUUAAAGUACUCUGGAAUUCCUCAACUUACCAUCACUCCUGGCCACACUUUCCUUACCUGUUUUGUUGCUACGUGUGCUUGAAAGUAAUAUCUGCGUUCCUUUGAAGAUGUUCUAUAGGUCAUAUUUGUCAGUUACAGACUAGUCUUCCUUUUUCUCAAGUUCAGUGAAAUCUCACUGAACAGUAAUAAUAGCAAUAGCUAACAUCUGCACAGCACCUUACAGUUUGCAGAAAACGUUCACACUUUCUCGUUUUUUUUUUUUUUUUUUUUUUUUUGCAUAGUGAACCUGUUACGGGAUUUCUCUUGACCUUGAUGCUAAAAGUGUUAGAAUCUUUGAAGUCGCUAGAGUCACUGAAUAUGCUGUAGUCUUGAAUAGCGCCCUGACAAGGGGCAGAUUUUAGAUGCGCUACCUUGAAAGCUGCGUGUAAUUAUCAAAAUGGGGGGCUUGAGUUCUUUACCCACUUGAAUCAGAUUUACUUGUGUGAGUGAUGUUUUUCUAACUGUUAUCUGGAUGGAUUUUGUAUUCAUUAUAUUCUAACCUUUAACUUGUAUAAAUUUACCGUCUGUUGUCAUUUAAAAACUGUUCGUAAUUACACUUUGAUGUCUCCUGAUUAAAUUAAUAGUUUA